CUGCUGCCCUUGCCCCUUUCCCCUUCCUCCCUAGCCCUGCCUGCCCCCGCGCUUUCCUCUCACCUCGACCCCUCUUCACCCUCUCCUUGGCUUCAUCUUCCUCCCCAAGCGCAGGCCUCUGUGGCCCCUGCCCAAGGACGCCGCUCACCUCCGCGUCGCGCACGCUCCUUCUGCACCCCCGCAGCCCCUUCCUCCUUGGAGAAGGCUCUUGGGGUGCCCCCAGGCCACUGCACCCACCUUUAUUUUCUACCCGGUCCCUGCCAGGCCCCCCAACUGCCCCCUCGCAGCGCCCCAGCUCGCGCCGCGGGCCGUACCCGACCUCUGUGCCUUCUGCACCGCGGCCUUGCAUUCGCAGGCCCCUCUGCUGACCGCCCCCUUCCUCCUCAGGUGUCCCGUUUUGGGGGACCCGGAUGUAUCUCUUUUUGAAGAUCUUUGAGCAGGAACAACCAACUCUCCUCUCUUCCUUGAUCAUGCCUCUCCUUGUGCUUUUUCUAGCAAAAAUACUAUUUUUUUUUCAGCCAAGAUCUCCCCAAUUUCCAGCAAAAAAUAGGAUAAUAAUAAUAAUAUCGAGACUACAAUCCCCCCUUUUGGAAUACUUUCCCAAUUACAAGAAACCAACUCAUUUCUUCCAGUUUUUCAUCUAAUGUGUUCGCUUCUCCAAACCUCCCUUCUUACUUUCCCGACAAAAAAUCCUUUUCAUCAUCAAUUCUGCCACAAUUAGAUUGUUUUCCCCCUAAAAAACCCUCUAGGUUCCUCUUACCUGGCUGGGGUGGUGGGGAAGAAAUAAGGUUUUGUUUUGUUUGUUUUUGUUUUUGUUUUUUAAAAAAGAAAGUAGUUUCCUCCAUCUUUAUCUCUUCAACUUAGUAUUGCUUCAUUUGUCUUUCUUCUCAAUUUCAUGCCUGUUUCCCUGCUUGUUUGGGGAUCCAAGUUCUGACUGUCCCUUCCUUUUCACCACCUGUUUUCAGGGCAAAAGAUAUUGGAUGAGUUUUCAAAAAAUACCACCUCACCCUUCCAGGAGGAGAUAGCGAAGGUCCGAUUCCACCUGAACCCCCUUUCCUGUGGGGCCUAAGCCAGGCCCUCCUGUUUCCUGGAGAAUCACUCACUUGCUUUUGGGGAGCUAGCUGCCAGCAAGUGCUCUUCCCUUCUUGACUCUGGACACGACCUUGCUUGUCUGGAGACAGGCUCUGGCCAGGACCUGGCAGUGGAAAGUUAUGGAGCCAUACAGCCUUGGGGAGGAGGGGGCCCUUCCAUCAGAAGGGCACCUCCCUUCCUUCUCUGAGAGUCAAGGGCUCAACUGCAGUGACACACUCAACAGGGACUUGGGCCCCAGCACACGGGACCUGCUCUAUGCUGGCCUAAGUGGUUUGGACCUUGACCCCAGUCUCUCCACAUCGGAUAUGCCCAGCGAGGUGCUGGAGGACAAUCUGGACACCCUGUCCCUGUACUCAGGGAAGGACAGUGACUCUGUGAAGCUGUUGGAAGAAUAUGCAGACUCCGAAUCCCAGACCUCCUUACAAGACCUGGGGCUGGGAGCACUCAAGGUACCUAAAGAGGCUGAUGAAGGAGGCAGGGCCACUGGGAGUACAAGGAAAGGCAAGCGGCAGCACAGUUCCCCUCAGAACCCGCUCCUGGACUGCAGCCUGUGCGGGAAGGUGUUCAGCAGCGCCAGUUCCCUGAGCAAGCACUACCUGACACACAGCCAGGAGAGGAAACACGUGUGCAAAGUCUGCAGCAAGGCCUUCAAGCGCCAGGACCACCUGACCGGGCACAUGCUUACCCACCAGAAGACCAAGCCCUUUGUGUGCAUUGAGCAGGGCUGCAGCAAAAGCUACUGUGACUACCGCUCCCUGCGCCGCCACUAUGAGGUCCAGCAUGGAGUAUGCAUCCUGAAGGAGGCCCCACCAGAAGAGGAGGGCUAUGGAGACCCAACCCACAACCACGAUGUGGCCAACCAGCCUCCACCCAGUGGCCUGAGGUCCCUGGGACCUCCAGAAGCUAGAUCCCCUGGCUCUGUCUUGCCCAACCGAGACCUCCUUCGCUGUAUUGUAAGCAGCAUUGUCCACCAGAAGAUUCCCUCUCCUGGCCCAGCAGUGGGUCCUUCUGACACUGAGGCAAGGAGCUCGGCCUGUGCUUGCCCCACCUCACUGGGGUCAUCAUCCUGUAUACCAGCCAGCACCCCAGUGGCCCCAGGAACCCUGGGCUCUGAAGUUCCUGAGGAAACUCAUCCCCCACGGAAGGAACCUGCCACUGAAGUGUUCACAGCUGUCCAGUCAAGGGUGGCUGAGAAUGGUGCCCCUGACCCACCAGAGUCAGAGUUGGAGUCAGAGUCUCCACGGCUUCAACGGCCAUCCUCCCUGGAGGGCUGGCCGGAGGGCAGCUCCCUUCCUGCCUGCCUGCCUCUCUUCCGCGGCCACUCUGUUCCCUCAGGAUCCCAGCCAUCCAGCCACAACUUCCAGUGGCUCCGGAACCUGCCUGGCUGUCCCAAGAACAAAGGCAGCAAUGUGUUUAUGGUCCACAAGCCCCCUACAGUGCCAUCCCGGGAGGGCUCUGAGGGGGGCCCUGGGCCCAGCAGCAUCCCCACCACAGUGGAGCCUUCACCCAACCUGGGCACCAGCCAGGAGGACCUGCUGCCAUUUCCUCCUGCACUCCUGAAGGCACCUGGUGAGACCUCCAGUGAUGUCCGACAGACAGCCGGGGAAGAUGAUGGCUGGGCUCCCAAGAAGAGCAAACCCGACUGUGAGCCAUUCCCAUGGCAGAGCCCCCCAGAGCUUGGGCUCCAAGAUACACAGAACCCAGGUGGGCUCCCCUCAGAUACUACACCCCUCUUCCGGCAGCUGUUCAUGAAGUCACAGGAGUCUCUGGUGAGCCACGAGCAGAUGCAGGUGCUCCAAAUGAUUGCCAAGUCCCAGCGGAUCUUCUCCCACACCCAGGUGGCUACAGCCUCAGCCCAGAGACCAGGGCCGGAAGGCAAGCAGUCAGCCCUGAAGCCAUUGCAGGGGCCAUGGCCACCACAGGCCCUGCCACCAGUACCUGCUGUGGACUCCUUCCAGAUAGGCCCUGGACACUCAGAGCCAGAGGGAUCCCCAGUCCGCAGGAGGAAAACCAUGCCUGCAGUGUCCAGAGAAGCAUCUCCUGGUGGCCCGAGGCGAGACACAAAAGGAGGACCCAAAGUGGCCUCUGCACCACCGUCCCUCACAGGGCCAGCUCUGCACCCAUCACGGAAUCCAGACAGCUCUUCUCUGGCCAAAGGGACCUUGGACCUGGGGGACAUUCUCCCCAGUGCAGGCUCACGGCAGUCCCAGUUAGGUGGAGAUGAGCCAGUUGGAACCCAGCUGGUUGGGAAACAGGGGCAAGGUGAGAAUGCCCUGGCUCCGGGGGCCAUGAGAGGUGAGAAGGGCCCAGCCUGCCCACGAGGCGGAGGCUACAGGCUCUUCUCAGGCCACCCCAGGGCCCAGAGAUUCUCUGGUUUCCGGAAGGAAAAAGUAAAGAUGGAUGUGUGCUGUGCAGCUUCUCCCAGCCAGGUGGCCAUGGCCUCCUUCUCAUCGGCUGGGCCUCUGGCAGAUCCCCCCCGGGACAUGAAGUCUAAGCUGACAAUCUUCAACAGAAUCCAGGUAUUUGUACCCCUCUAUCACCCUAUGCUGUGGCAGGGAUGUGUGUAUGUCCUUGGAUGUAUAGCAUUGGUUAACUGUGCAGGCACUUCCCCCAUUGCAGUGAGUCCUCAGACGUGGUUUACCAGGAAAAGCACUGAUCACUGUUGUUCACUAAGCUCUCUUCCCUGCUUUCCUUUGCCUCCUACUUCCUCCUGGAUUUGCCUCCUUCAACUCUUGAGAGGAGAUCAAGAUAUCCUCUCAUCUCCAGGGUGGAAACAUCUACAGGCUCCCCCAUCCAGUGAAGGAAGAGAGCUUGACAGGCGGUUGGGACAAGAGAAAGAUGGGGAAGAGAGAGACGGCAAGGAGAGCAACCAGAACAGAAAGCGGAAGAAGCGGCCCCAAGCCAAGGCCCUGUUUGCCCCUCCUGCACCCUCUGCCCUUGGGGAGCCAGGCCCAGGAGGGUGCCACCAGAGCUGCCUACGCUCUCCUGUGUUCCUGGUGGACCACCUCCUGAAGGGCUUGUUCCAGUGCUCUCCUUACACACCACCACCCAUGCUCAGCCCCAUCCGGGAGGGCUCUGGCCUGUACUUCAACACCCUCUGCUCCACGUCCCGGGCUGGGCCCCAUCUCAUCAGCCCUGUGUUUGACCAAGUGGACGGCUCCUUUGGCAUCUGUGUGGUGAAGGAUGACACCAAAAUCAGCAUUGAACCACACAUCAACGUAGGAAGCAGAUUUCAGGCGGAGAUCCCAGAACUGCAGGAGAGGCCGCUGGCCAGAGUGGAUGAGAAUGUAGCUUCUCUGGUCUGGAAGCCAUGGGGAGAUGUGAUGACCAACCCAGAGACCCAGGACAGAGUGAUAGAGCUCUGCAAUGUGGCAUGCUCCAGUGUGAUGCCAGGAGGGGGCACCAACCUAGAGCUUGCCCUCCACUGCCUGCAUGAAGCCCAGGGCAGUGUUCAGGUUGCCUUGGAGACUCUGUUACUCAGAGGACCCCAGAAGCCCCGGACUCACCCGCUAGCUGACUAUCGCUACACAGGUUCAGACAUCUGGACCCCCAUGGAGAAGAGGCUCUUCAAGAAGGCAUUCUGUGCCCACAAGAAGGACUUUUACCUGAUUCACAAGACGAUCCAGACUAAGAGUGUAGCACAGUGCGUUGAAUACUACUACAUCUGGAAAAAGAUGGUUAAGUUUGACUGUGGCCGAGCUCCUGGGCUGGAGAAGAGGGGCAGGAGAGAGCUGGAUGAGGUAGAAAGGACUGAAGACAAGGUCACUUGCAGCCCUCGGGAGAGACCCACCCACCGCCCAACUCCUGAGUUAAAGAUAAAGACCAAGAGUUACAGGAGGGAGUCUAUCCUUCAUUCCAGCCCAAGUGCAGCCCCCAAGCGUACCCCUGAGCCUCCAGGGAGUGUGGAGAGCCAAGGCGUGUUCCCUUGCAGAGAGUGUGAGAGAGUGUUCGACAAGAUCAAGAGUCGGAAUGCCCACAUGAAGCGCCACCGCCUCCAGGAGCACGUGGAACCUGUCAGGGUCAAGUGGCCUGUGAAGCCUUACCCACUGAAGGAGGAAGAGGAGGAGGAAGAGGAGGAGCUAGGGGCUGACAUGGGCCCCCUGCAGUGGUGACUCCUUGCUGGAAGCUGGUUUGCAAGGAGGGAGGAUCCAUCCCUAGGCCAGUGCCCUGGGUCUCUCAGAAGUGUUUGGGGCACCCUUACCCUCUCUGUCCUCUAAAUGCCCAGCUUUGCUAGCAAGCUUGGCUGGCAUUUGGACAUGAACAGGCAGAAGCUGUCACAGGUAGCUCUGAAGUCAUGUGGGUGACCAGAGGCUCCAUUCUUUCCUGGUUAAUAGUUGCUUAUUUGCAGUCCCAUUCACUUGGAGCAAGGGACCCUGGGAAGCAGAAGGUUUGGUCUAGGUAGCUUUUAGAUCUGAGCUGUAGGCAUGGGACUGACAUUGGUUAGAGAGAAUCAGUGAGGACACCUGAGAUCCAGUGAGCUGGGCCCUCCUCUGGGCAGGGCCUCCCUGCAUUCCCACCAUCCCUAGUCUUGCAAUGACUGUAUAUUGUUAGGUGUGUUUUUUAUGUGUCUGCUUGUAUCUUAUUAAAUUGGGUUCUUAAACAACUGUUUUACAACUUUCUA